UUCUUGUCUAAUGAGCUGUUUAUGAAACUAUAAAUGCUAACAUAGCGUUUGCUUUUCAGACGAGCCUACAGAUUACUCUGCUUCUCUGGCAAGAGCUUUCGCUGCUAUUUGGUUGUAUUCCCCUUGCCUUCCCUGAGAAACAAACUUUCAAUGGAAUUUCAAUUCUCUUUUUAAGGUACCCCAAAAAUGGGUGAUCCUGGCUUCAUACCUGGAAUGAUUGGUUACACCAUUCAUUUAGCUGUAAGUCAGGUUAUUCAAUACAUCAAUGUUGCCAUCAGAUGCAGGAAAGAGUUGGAUGCUCUCAAAGCCCUGCUUCUCAAAAUUAAAGAAAUGAACAUGGAAAUGCAACAAUGUAGAAAGGCCUUGCAAUCUGGCAGAAUGAGUACAUCCUUUGAGCUUCCUUUGCCCUUCGCGGUCAACAGUUGGUUGAACGAAUUAAAUUCUCUUCUGGAUGAAGCAUCUGAUUUGGUCACGCACUGCAACGUACAAUCAUACUGGCAUCUCUUUCCUCGUUACAGAACUAGCAGAAAGAUUAGGCGGCUCAUUGAAAAUGUGGAAAAGCAUCUAGCUUCAACGCCUUCCAUUGCUUUUCUACAUCAACUACAGCAGAAUGUGACAAAUCAGCAAGUGCUUGAGCAGAUUAGAGGGAGGAUGGAUUCUCUUAAUCUGUAUACUUCAGCACUUACCGGCACAUUUGGAGAUCUCUUUCCAUCUAAUUCUUCAGCUGCUUCUAACACGAAGUAUAUUGAGGAGGCACUCAUUGUCGGACAAGAUUCUUCAUUCACAAGACUUUUGGAUCUGAUUCAUUCAGAGCAGCACAAAAACGUGUCUCGUUUCGGCCUUGUGGGGAAAGGCGGGGCCGGUAAGACUCUACUGCUCAAACGAGUCUUCAACUGUGACCAGGUACAGAGUCUCUUUUGUAAUGACUUGAUACUUUGGCUUACUGUUUCACAAACUCCAUCUUUCAAUGCUCUUAGAAAUGCUCUCUUCAAACAAAUAGCUCUUAAAGUAAAUCAAAGACCAGACAGUACACAUGAAGACCAUAUGAAAACUUGGUUGAAUGAAAGCAUGAGAAAACACAAGUUUGCUCUGUUUUUAGAUGAUGUUUGGGAAACAAGCGCAACAUCAUUGUUAGAGGAGCUGUGUGUUCCUCAUUCUCCACUCCACGACUCAAAUAUCAUCAUUGCCACUUCCAGAAGUAGGAGUGUGCUCUCGCAGUUGGGUGUUCCGACUCCAUCAAUCAUCCAAAUGCAAGACUUGACUGAGGAUGACAGCUGGAGAUUGUUUUCUUUCCAUGCUUUUCCACACCGAGAUGGAAUUUUGCCCAUCAGCAUUGAUCAAGAAAUAGCGAGGCGCGUUUGCAAGGAGUGCGGAGGGCUUCCAUUAGCCAUCAAAGUAGUCGGGCAGGCAAUGGCAGGCAUUUCUGAGUCAAAUGAAUGGGAAUUCGCACUCCAGAGGUUGCAGAACGAUGUUACACACUCGCUUUCGAGCACGUUGAGAUUAAGCUACAAUGCUUUGGCCAAUUUACCAGGCUAUGGCAUUUCCUUGCAGUUGUGCUUCCUCUGCCUCGCUGCUUUCUCGGAAGACGAAGUCAUCCAUUAUGAAAUUGCUAUUAAGUACUGGAUUGGAGAAGGGUUAGUGGUUGGACCGGAUCCUCUACAAAUUGGGGAGAUAUACAUCAGAUUGUUAGCAGACCGAUGCCUUAUUGAACCAAUCCAUAAGGAUCAGGAUAGAAAGGUGAUUAAUUUCAGGGUACAUGACGUAUUGCACCAUUUCUUAGCACACCAAAUUGCUAAAAAGGAAGAAAAAUGCUUCUUUCAGGCACACAAAGGUUUAGGAGAGUUCCCCGCUGACGACUGUGGGGGACACAUCAGAAUUUCAUUGAGGGACAACAAUUUGACUAAGGUUCCAAAGGCAUUCGGAGCUCCCUAUAUCCGCUCCUUGUUACUGGCUGGUAAUACUACUUUGAAGGAAAUUCCAAAAGAAGUAAUUGGUAGUAUGACCACUCUCAGGGUCCUGGAUUUGUCACGGACUGCCCUCCAGUCUUUGCCAAAGAACGUGGGAUGUUUGAAGCAUUUAGUUUGCCUCAUAUUAUGCUCUAUGCCAAUAAAGAAACUACCCUACUCUAUCGGUACCCUCAGAAAGCUUCAAAUAUUAGAUCUUUAUCAAUCUGAAAUUACAGAACUCCCAUCCAGCAUUUCUAAGUUGACUUCCCUACAACUUCUGAAUGUUCCUUCUUGUCAAGACCUUCAGUGCAUGCCUUCUGGGAUUUCAAACCUUAGGUCUCUAAAGUACCUGAACACUGGCGGUUCUCGAAAUAUAGGGUGGAAUAAGUGCAGGAGAGGCCGGCUUUCACUUAAUGAUUUGGGCACCCUAAACCAACUCAAAAGGUUGGGGCUUACAAAUAAUGGUGAAAUAAUUCGAGAAGGUACUCUCGGCAGCAUGAAGCAGAUAGAAGCUCUACUUUUAGAUCUGACAGAUAUGGAAAAGCUACCCAGUGACAUGAAUGCCAUAUCAAAAUUGAGGAAACUCUGGUUAGUAUGUCCUCACUUACUCCAAAUAGAAGAUUCAUUUUGUGAAUUUCAAAAUUUGGGCUACAUCUCUUUGUUCAACUGUGGCAUGUUGAAACAACUACCUCCGUUGCAGAAGCUUGAGAAUCUGAAGCAUUUACAGAUUGUUGCCUGUCGCAACAUAGAGAAGUUGCCAGAGGAGUUUGGCAAGGAAGGAGCUUUUCCCAAGCUAGAGGUGUUUUCAGUGGUGGCGAUGCAGAAGUUAGAACAGCUGCCAAUAGUGAAAGAAGGAGCAAUGCCUUCACUCAAAACAUUGACAAUAAUGAAGUGUGAGGCAUUGCAGAGGAUACCAGAGUGUUAUUGGGAUUUGAAGAGUGUGGAGAAGAUAAGGGUGUAUGGUUGUUCAAAUGUUCAACUUGUCAUGGCAGAGGAGGAACACUUUAUCAAGACAAAGAGUCAGGUGCAAACAGUAACAUUAUCUACCACAGAAACUGAGACAUUGGAAAAGCGCUACAAUAAUAUCCUCUGUCAGAGUGAACACAUUUAUUAUGGUGAAUUUUGGUGCAGUGAGAUGUUUCAGUUUGUGGACGAAAUUAAUCGAUAUUUGUCUCUAUAUGAUUUGUGUCCAAAUAAUGGUAUACAACAAAAAUUUAAUACUAGCAUUUGCACUUCAAUAGUUACACCGAUAGCAGGAUAUACUUUGGAUAAUAUUUUGGAGGUCACAUGA